AUGACUUUGAGACCAGAGAAGCCUGUGUGGAUGACACAGGAGCAAUACGAUAGACAGUAUGGACAAUUAGCGGAAUCUAAGGUAAUACAAGAUGAUAGUCCCAAGAAUAUUGAAGCUCCCGAGUCCAAUGGCGCUGAAAAUAAAGAGCAACGUUCAGAAGAUGUAUCAGAUGGGACAUUAGAUAAUAUUAAAGUUGAUGAGAAACCACAGUAUAGAAUUCAGAAGCGUAGACAUCAACAGUAUGAUAUAGAAGAAAAACGAAAGAAACAGCUUCUUCAUAAAAUCCGAGAAGAGCAGUUAAAACAACGUGACAUUGAAAUGACUGCUAAUAAAGUUGUUAAUGUGGAUCAAAUAGUUCGAGAGCAUUAUAAUGAACGUACCUACCAUGCUAAACGAUAUAAUAGGAACUUUUCGCCCAUCAUAAAGUUAAGAAAUUUUAACAAUGCAAUAAAAUAUAUGUUGAUUGAUAAAUACACAAGACCUGGGGAUAUUGUUCUAGAACUAGGUUGUGGUAAGGGAGGUGAUUUAAGGAAAUAUGGAUCAUGUGGUGUAUCACAGUUUAUUGGGAUCGAUAUUUCGAAUGAAUCUAUUCGUGAGGCACAGAGGCGUUAUCAAAAUAUGAGGGAUUUAGACUAUCAAGUUAUUUUGAUUACUGGUGAUUGUUUUGGAGAAUCGUUAGGUGUUGCAGUUCAACCAUUCACAGAAUGUCGGUUUCCUUGUGAUGUCGUUUCGACUCAAUUCUGUUUGCACUACGCAUUUGAAACUGAAGAUAAGGCGCGAAGAGCUAUUCUCAAUGUCUCUAAGUCUCUGAAAGUUGGAGGAUACUUUUUUGGUACUAUACCAGACGCAGAAUUCAUUCGUUACAAACUAAAUAAGUUUUCUAAAAAUGAUGAGAAGCCAUCCUGGGGUAAUUCUAUUUACAAAGUUUCAUUUUCCAACAAUUCUUAUCAAUUGAACGGUUAUGAAUUUGAAUCCCCAUUUGGUAACAUGUACACCUAUUGGCUUGAAGAUGCCAUUGAUAAUGUUCCUGAAUAUGUUAUACCAUUUGAAACACUCAGAAAUCUGUGUGACGAAUAUGGCAUGGAAUUAGAAAUGCAAAAACCUUUCAACAAAUUUUUUGUUGAAGAGAUACCUACAUGGAUAGACAAAUUUUCUCCUCGAUUGAGGGAAGGUUUACAAAGAUCAGAUGGGAAAUACGGAGUUGAAGGUGAUGAAAAGGAAGCUGCAUCCUUCUUCUAUACUGUUUUUGCAUUCCGAAAAGUCAAAGAAUAUGUGGAAUGA